CGUGGCUGCAGAUAAAAGAAUUACAGCUGAUGGGUUCAGUCAGGAGGACCCUGUCGUCUCUGGUGAUCAGGACUAAAGACGUCUGUGAGAAACUGUAACAUCUCAGGGAGAAGAUGAUCUGCAGGAUCCUGCUGCUCAUCAUCCUCAACUCCUGUCUCUGUGCAGCAACAUUUGUAGUCAAUGUGACACAGAGCUCCUAUCAGGCAGAGGAGAACCACAAUGUCACUCUGGAAUGGACCUUCACCACCACACCUGGUACAUCCUGGACUCACCUGUUCAUCCGCUGUGAGCUGACGACUGAUCACAGAGCAUCAGUCCUGUAUCAGGUCCACGAAGGCGUUGAGGUGUCAGAGUCUCAGGAUCAACAGUUUGCAGGACGAGUCCAGAGUGACAAAGACGUCCUCAGAGAAGGACGACUCAGACUUCAUGUGUCCAGACUCAGACCUGAAGACUCUGGUCUCUACCUGUGUGAGGUGAAAACAGAUUACGGCUCCAGCGUUCAAAACUGUCGACUCAGCGUCUCAGCAGCAGCAGAUCAGCUCCACACUCGGAGACCUCUGACUCCAGAACCGGGGAACCACACGUGGAUCUACCUCUUCAUUGGACUGAUACUGACACCGGCUGCAGUGUCGCUGGUGUUGAAACUUAAAAAGUCUUACUACAGGAAAAAGAAGGGCCAGCAGUCUUAUAGAAACUCCAGACUAAAUCAGAGAAUAAGAACUUAAUGUAAAUAAAGCUUUUAUAUGAUUUUUCACCUUUGAUGUUUGUGAAAUCCUUCAUCUGACGUGCAUUUUGUAAAAAUGUAAAUAAUCUAAAUUAAAUUUUUAUUGACAGCAUCUGUUUUGCUCUCAUGAGUAACCUAGGUGAUGGACUGACUCGGUUGACAGGUUCUGGUUCCAGAGGAGAUUGAAGCUCACAGCUCUGACAGCUACAGAACCUUCUGGUCCAAAGAGGGUUCUUCAGAGAGACGAGCUGCUGAUCGAACCGCAGCUGAUCUGAGUUCUCAGAUGAUGACUGAAACCGGCGUGAAGAAAAGAACAUUUAUUAUUUAGCAGUAACACAAGGAAGAGCUUGACCACCAUUUAAAUAAUCCCAAAAAUACUAAUCUUUAGUUUUUCACUAAAGAAAACGGGCGGAGGUAGGGGCAGCCAUCAGAAGCUGACCUGCUGCUGUGACCUCCUGAGGCUCUGCCACGGCUGCUGACCAUCACACAGGAACAGGAGGUUCAUUUUAGAGAACCCUAGAUGUGUUUAGGCUGUUUGUCAAACUAAACAAAGACCCCAGUCAUCACAAAAGUGUGCACGACUUCCUGUUUUAUAAGAGUUCACAAACAAAACGGCUCAUUUAUGGGUCAAAAUAUGUUUUUAUUUACAGUUGAAAUACAAAAACAACAAAUACGAUUUUUCUGGACCCUCUCCUGGGGUCCAGCUGUAAAAGCUGCUUCACUAGUAGAAGGAUGAGAUUUCAGUUGUACAUCACAGUUGAUUCAAUGCAUGAACAUGGAUGUGGAGUGGAAACAGCCUGGAGAGUUCUGCUAACACUCCGCACAGAAGCUGCAUCCUAUCUGGCUUUCAUCUGGACUCUUUCACUUUUUCUUAUUUGUGUAGAAAAAAAACAAAAAUCAUCAGCACCACCAGUCCCAGACCAGAGUAGACACCGAUCAUCCACACCUUCAUCUCCUCACGCUUAGACUACUGUAGAGAUAUAAGACACCACCUUGUGUCAAAUUUUUUGACAGGUCUAUUGUUCUUUGACCUUUUUGACCUUUCCCCCAACCCACCGUUCGUCAAACUUGACAGGAGUAUUGUCUGUAGUCCCUUUUGUGAUGUGAUCUUUAAUGACCCUGUAUGUCAAGAAAUGAAUGUUGUGUAAUGACGCAUGAAGUCUCCUUUUGUCUGAACUGUUUUAGUUAAGCCUGAUAACUGUUUUUGUGUUACCCCCUCCUUUCAUACGUGAGAGCCCACGGCCCUCCCUCCAGCCCUGCUUGGCUUUUUAAAAGCUCGAAUCCAUUUCAGCGGACAGACUGAGAUCGUAUCAGAAUGGUGAAAGGCCGAAGAAAUACCUCUAAGAAAAUGGUGAAGCAAGAGUCUACAACCUCUACCUGAGAGGAAAAGGAGGUGAAGGAGGAGAGCCAAGAGGAGAAGGAAGAAGCGUCUACGACCGAUGCUUCAACCUCUAAACGAGAGAGCGUGGACACACCGUCGCCGCUGUCACAGACCUUGCUCUGUGGUAAAUCCAAAGCGAUCCAUUAGCUGCCCGCAGGAGGUGGUGCUCCCCGCAAAUCUACAAUCAAAUAAUAAUAAUAAUAAUAAAUGAAUCUCUAACUUUUGAUGUUUCUGUUUUAAAAUCCUUCAUCUACUGACAUUUACUGUGUAUAAAAUGUAUAUAUUGUACAUAAAAUGUGAUAAAGUACAUGACUAAUGGAGUGACCCAGUCUACAUGAGGUUCUGGUUCCGGAGGAGAAGCGACAGAACCAUCUGGAACAUGAGAGCAGCUGCAAGAAAACAUGAAUCCUGUAAAGUUAACAUCAAACUCAGAGUUUUGU